GACACUAACCAGCCCGGGGAUUGGGAGCGGCACUGGGACACUAACCAGGCCGGGGAUUGGGAGCGGCACUGGGACACUAACCAGCCCGGGGAUUGGGAGCAGCACUGGGACACUAACCAGUCACGGGAUUGGGAGCGGCACUGGGACACUAACCAACCUGGGGAUUGGGAGCGGUACUGGGACACUAACCAGCCUUGGGAUUGGGAGCGGUACUGGGACACUAACCAGCCUGGGGAUUGGGAGCGGUACUGGGACACUAACGAGCCCCGGGAUUGGGAGCGGUACUGGGACACUAACCAGCCUGGGGAUUGGGAGCGGUACUGGGACACUAACCAGUCCCGGGAUUGGGAGCGUAGGGGGUCACUGCUCAUCCUAAAGAUUAGGAGCAGCAAGCUAGUUUGGCAGAUCUUUAAGAACAGCUUCUACCCGGCCUGUUUAUAG